AUGUAUCUUUGUUUCCCCACUUCCCUGGAGAACAGGAAAUGCUCCGUCCAUAAGAAGAUCCUGGAGUAUUACUGCACUGAGGACUCCUCCUGUAUCUGUGUGUCCUGCAGGCUGGAUGGAGAACAUCGGGGACACCAGGUGGAGACUCUGGAUGAGGCCUCUGAGAUGAAGAAACUGAGGAAUGUUCUGCAGAAACUGAUGACAGAGAGAGAAAAGAUGGCGAAAAGAGUCCAGAGUCUGCAGGAACACAGGAGGAAAGUACAAGGAAAAGCAGAUGAUGAAACAGAGAGAGUCACUGUCCAGGAUCUGGAAAUAAAGGAGAAGGAUCUGUCCAGGAAGAUGGUGGACAUUGAGGAGCUGUGUAACAUGACAGAUCGACUGACUGUCCUACAGGAAUCAGACACAGGUGACUUGUGUGAUACUGAGGAUGGAGAUGAUGAGGACAGAGAGAGACGUGAUAAACUCCUCCAUGAUGCAGGGGAUCUGGAUGUGGCGGGGAUCUCAUACACAUUACACACAGGUCUAUCUUAUAUCAUGUCUGGGAAAUCUAGAUUUAAGGACCAGGGCCUGCUUGUGGUAGUCCACAACAUUGGUGCAGUUGCGCCGGAUCCUUUGGAAUUGGCCUUUAGGAACAGCACUAAGCCACGUUGGAUGAUGGCAGCUGGUAAGGGGGAUGAAACCAUUUCUGUCAGUCUCCUUGAAAAAUGUGCUAGUGGAAAAAACUCCAUCUUUAACACAGAUGUUAAGGUCAAGGAAAUAGAUUUCUGUACUACUAGCCUCAGAUUUAAGACAUAUACCUCUGUUAUUGGUAUUAAGCAGAGAGAUGAAAGACUCUAA